AUGAGAAACGGCACGGGGGUGACAGAGUUCAUCCUCAUGGGGUUCUUCGAUAACCCCCAGCUGCAGGCUCCACUCUUCUUCAUCCUCUUCCUCACCUAUGCAUUAAGCGUCACCGGGAAUCUCACCAUUGUCACCCUCACCUUGCUGUACUCCCACCUCCGCACCCACAUGUACUUCUUCCUUGCUAGAGAUGGCCUUCAUGUCCGCCUACAUUCUCAGAUUCCUGCUUUUCUGCAUCAUUUUCUGGGGGGUGAUGAGUUCUUCCUCCUGGCCGCCAUGUCCUAUUACCGCUAUAUCGUCAUCUGCCAGCCCCUACAUUACACGGCCGUCAUGAACAAGGGCUUCUCUCUCUUGCUCAACACCCGGUUACUGGAGCUGAUUGCUUUUCUCUUGGCCUUGGGGACUCUCCUGGUCACCCUGGCUCUGGUGACCAAGUCGUACCUAGCCAUCAUCCACAACAUCCUGAGACUGCCCUCCGCUCAACAGAGAAGUCCUUUCUUCUCUGUGGAACUGGCCAAGGGGGCGGCAGUGUUCAACACUUCCGUUACCUCAAUGACGAACCCCUUCAUCUACACCCUGAUGGACGAGCAGGUCAAACAGGCCUUCAGGGCCCUGGUGCACCAGGGACUUGAUCCAUGA